CUCACUCUCCCUUUUUCCAAAGAUUUUCCCUCUCUCUGCCCCCACUUAUAAAAUCCCCUCCCCCUUCUCCAUACUCUUUCUUCUUCACCCCCUUUUCAAUUAAUCUCUUUUACCACUUUUGCCCCUCAACAAUGGCUUCCAUUUCCUCCUCCUCUUCUUCUUGGACUCCUAACCAAAACAAAGCCUUCGAAAGGGCUUUGGCUGUCUUUGACAAAGACACCCCUGAUCGCUGGCUCAAUGUAGCCAAAGCCGUCGGCGGUGGCAAGACCCCCGACGAAGUCAAGAGACACUUCGACCGUCUCGUCGAAGAUGUCAAACACAUUGAAUCCGGCCGCGUUCCUUUCCCUAAAUACACCUCCUCCUCCUCCUCCCCUACAACCUCCAAUGCUAACAUCAAAGACCAAGAACAAAGGAUGAGAAACAUGAAACUUCAUUAAAUUGGUUGAAAUUGAAAGCAAAUGGAGGGAAUUAAGAAGAAUGAAAGUGGAUUGGUGGUUGCUGUUUUUGCCUUUAAGAUAACAAAAAGAAGAAAAAAAAAAAUUAAUGUAGCCAAAUUUGCAAUUUUAUGUUUUUUUUUUCUCUUCCUCUUGAAAGUGUAUUUGCCCAACUAAAGAGCUAAUCAAUGUAGAAGAAUCAAUUUGAUUUACGUUUUUUUCAUCUA